UGGUGGCGGGGGCGGGGCCUGUCCGGGCGGGUCCCCACCCCCCUCGCAGGGAGCUAUAACUUGAGUUGCGGACCUCACACACGCCACGGUCCAGCACCUGAGUCCUGGCCUCGCUCUCUCCCCGCGGAACAAACAACAUGAGCUUCAGCGCCCAGUCCACCUUCUCCAACUACCGGUCGCUGGGCUCCGUGCAGUCGCCGGGCCACCGGGUGCGCCCGGUCAGCAGCGCGGCCAGCGUCUAUGCAGGCGCCGGGGGCUCGGGCUCCCGGAUCUCCGUGUCCCGCACCACCAGCGUCCGGGGCGGCUGGGGGUCCGGGAACCUGGGCGCCGGGAUGGCCGGGGGUCUGGUGGGCGUAGGGGGCAUCCAGGGCGAGAAGGAGACCAUGCAAGACCUGAAUGACCGCCUGGCCUCCUACCUGGAGAAGGUGAGGAGCCUGGAGGCUGAUAACAGGAGACUGGAGAGCAAGAUCCGGGAACACCUGGAGAAGAAGGGACCCCAGGUCAGAGACUGGGGGCAUUACUUGAAGACCAUCGACGACCUGAGGGCUCAGAUUUUCGCAAGUUCUGUGGACAAUGCCCGCAUCGUUCUGCAGAUUGAUAAUGCCCGUCUUGCUGCUGAUGACUUCAGAGUCAAGUAUGAGACAGAGCUGGCCAUGCGCCUGUCUGUGGAGAGUGACAUCCACGGGCUCCGCAAGGUCAUUGAUGACACCAAUGUCACCCGGCUGCAGCUGGAGACUGAGAUCGAGGCUCUCAAGGAGGAGCUGCUCUUCAUGAAGAAGAACCACGAGGAGGAAGUAAAGGGUCUACAAAACCAGAUUGCCAACUCUGGGUUGACCGUGGAGUUGGAUGCCCCCAAACCUCAGGACCUCAGCAAGAUCAUGGCAGACAUCCGGGCCCAGUAUGAUGAGCUGGCUCAGAAGAACCGAGAGGAACUGGACAAGUACUGGUCUCAGCAGAUUGAGGAGAGCACCACAGUGGUCACCUCGCAGAGCGCUGAGGUAGGAGCUGCUGAGAUGACACUCACGGAGCUGAGACGCACCGUCCAGUCCCUGGAGAUCGACCUGGAUUCCAUGAGAAAUCUGAAGUCCAGCUUGGAGAACAGCCUGAGGGAAGUGGAGGCCCGCUCUGCCAUGCAGAUGGAGCAGCUCAACGGGGUCCUCCUGCACCUGGAGUCGGAGCUGGCCCAGACCCGGGCAGAGGGGCAACGCCAGACCCAAGAAUAUGAGGCCCUGCUGAACAUCAAGGUCAAGCUGGAGGCUGAGAUCAACACCUACCGCCGCCUGCUAGAAGAUGGGGAGGGCUUCAAUCUUGGUGAUGCUGUGGACAGCAGCAACUCCAUGCAAACCAUCCAGAAGACCACCACCCUCAGGCUCGUGGACGGCAAAGUGGUGUCUGAGACCUCGGACACCAAAGUUCUGAGGCAUUGAGUUAGCAGAAGCAGGGUGCCCUGGGAAGCAGGAGGGUAAUAAAAGUUGACGCUAUUGCAUAUCA